GGUGUACUGAUGGUGUACUGGUGGUGUACUGGUGCUGGCAGCAGGAACACCAUCAGCUUUUCCAAAGCCGUUCUCUCUCUUCAAGGCUACCAGACCCCUUUGACAAGAACAGUGAUUUUACCUCUCAGAACUCGAGAGAAAAUAGUGAUAAUUAAUCCUAAUUAUAAGUAUUCUGUUUCUGGGGAAAUUUAAUUGUUUGAUUUGAUUUAAAAUAACAGUUUAACAUUAAAAGGACAGAUUAGAUCUGUUUUUCAGCAUGUUUUCUUGACUGGACCCUGAUUGUUUUUAAUCCUGCUCAAACAGCCGUCCGUCAUCAGAGGUGAACUCGUAAGGUAUGAGGCUUUAUCUCCGUCGAUAAGAACUUUCUGAUCUCCGAGGGCGAGGUCGCACCACAGCAGGAGAGCGAAGGAAGAGUAAUUACUGACAGAGGAAGUGUGGCUAGCAAAUGGUGAGUACUGUGGUGCUGUGUCGCACAGUCUGCCACCUGUCAGAUGGCCUACAAACCCCGCCCCCAACCCUCCUCCACCUGCCCAUGACUCAUUAAUUAGAGGCUUAAACUCGUCAACAACAAGCUGCUGCGGCAAAUCCAGGUCCUGCAGAGACCUGAAUCCUCAGUAAUCUGUCACACAUGAAACCCAGAGGGUUCACCUGAGACGCCGUGGAGGUUUGCUGCUGCACACACUCACCUGUGGACGUUUCAUAGAGCUGAGGGUCCACUGUGAAGCAGGAUGAACGGCUAUGAGACGCCAGCUCUCGCCUCCGGCAUCUUCGGCUCCUACAAUUCACAGAUCAAUGGUCAUGGUUCUCCGUCUCCUGAGCCUCCCAACAGCAAAGCCAGGUCUCAUGCCAAAGCUCUCUAUGAACAAAGAAAACACUUCACCAAAACCAGCAUCAACAGCCUGACGGACACGUCGCAGUACCAUGUGGAGCACCUGACCACAUUCAUGUUGGACCGCAAGGAUGGGAUGAUCACGGUGGACGAUGGCAUCAGACGUCUUCGCCUGCUGGAUGCUAAAGGAAAAGUUUGGACUCAGGAGAUGUUGCUGCAGGUGGAGGAGAAAAAUGUGAGCCUCAUCGACCAGGAGACGAAGAAUGAGUUGGAGAACUUCCCCAUCGGGACCAUCCAGCACUGCCAGGCUGUCAUAAACGCCUGCAGCUAUGACUCCAUCUUGGCUCUGGUGUGUAAAGAAUCGGGUCAGACCAAACCUGACCUCCAUCUGUUCCAGUGUGAUGACAUCAAGGCGAAUCUGAUCCAUGCAGACAUAGAAAGUGCCAUGAUCGAUGCCAAAGGAGGCAAAGUGAAGAAGAGACCAGAGACGCUCAAAAUGAUCCUCAAGAGUGAUGGCGUCAUCCCCCCUCCGCCUGCUGCUCCCGCCCCCGAACCACCGGCAGCGUCUGAUCAGGUGGACGUGAAGAGUCGAGCGGCCGCCUGGUCGGCCUGGACCAAUGAGCAGCAAGACCAUGAGAAGCAGAGACGGCAGUCGGAGGAGGACGGACCAGUGGAGGUGACGGCAGGCAGAGUGGACCGAGACGUGCAAAUCCUGAACCACAUCCUGGACGACAUUGAGUUCUUCGUCACCAAACUUCAGAAGGCCGCUGAGGCCUUUAACGAGCUCUCCAAGAGGAAGAAGACCAAGAAAGGCAAAAAGAAAAGUCCAGGUGAGGGCGUCCUGACUCUGCGCUCCAAACCUCCCGCCGAGGACGAGUUUGUCGACUGCCUGCAGAAGUUCAAACACGCCUUCAACCAGCUGGGGAAACUGAAGGAUCACAUCCAGAACCCGAGCGCCGUCGACCUGCUUCACUUCCUGUUCACUCCGCUCAGGAUGGUGAUCCAGGCGUCAGGCAGUGUGGAUCUGGCUCGCAGCGUCGUGGUUCCUCUGCUGACCACAGAGGCCAUCGACUUCCUGCAUGCCUCGGGAACAGCGGAGGAGAGGCAUCUGUGGGUCACGCUGGGAGACGGGUGGACUAAAUGCAGGCUGGAGUGGCCGAAGGAUCAUUACUUUCCUCCCUGUGCGCUGAAGUUUCGGGACGGCUGGGAGCCCCCGGCGUUCCCGACGGUGAUGCCGUCCAGAGAGCAGGAGCUGACUCAGCUGGCUGAGAGUCUCGCCAGCGCUGAGAUCCAGAGACAAGAGGAGCUGAGACUGAGACUGGCUCAGGAGCAGUCGGCAGUGCAGAAGUUCCCUCCUGCAGACGGGUACGCUUUCUCCAACACCUCGAACAAACGCAUGCAGAUCCUGGAUCAGGAUGCGGCCGUGGCUGCUUUUAAACAGGCCGUCAGCUGCCGCGUAGACCGAAGUUUUGCUGCUGACGGCAGAGGCCAAUCAAAACUGUUUGCCAAAUCUAAAUACGACUUUGUGGCGAGAAACAAUACGGAGCUGUCGGUCCUCAAAGACGAGGUCGUCGAGGUUCUUGACGACAGGAAGCAGUGGUGGAAGGUUUGUAACGGCUGCGGGGCGUCGGGCUACGUGCCAAACAACAUCCUGGAGAUUACCAAAGCAGUGGACAUCACUGGCAGAGGAGAGCCCAUCUACAGCCACACCAUACAGCUUAUGAUGCCAAAGAGGGAGUUUGAGUUGUUCAAGCAACUACUGGGAGAGUUGAAUGAGAAGCAGACGACCCGGUCAGACUACAUCCCCAGUAAACCAGUAGUGACUCCAAUGCCUCCGGCUCCCACGCCGCCUCCUCCUGCCCCCGCCAGGCUGCCCACGCCACCGCUGCCUCCACCAACUGCCGAGCCCGCCAAGCCAGCUGCCAGCAGCAGCACGGUCAGCCGCCAGAACAGCACCACAUCCAGCGACAACGGCAGCGUCGCCAUGAGGGACCACAGCAACCAGAGGCCUGCAGCCGUCAACCGCAGGAAAUCCAACAUGGAGGAAGUUCAGGAUGAGCUGAUGCACAGACUGACUUUGGGUCGCAGCGCUCAGAAGAAGUUUCAGGUUCCUUCUCGCAGCAGCAGCCUGCCGUCCAUCAGCAUCACCUACGACUCGUCGCCUGACGAUGUCAAAGCCUGGUUAGAGGCCAAAGGCUUCAGCCCAGUCACAAUCACCAGCCUCGGCGUUCUGACCGGAGCUCAGCUCUUCUCUCUCAACAAGGAGGAGCUGAAGACGGUUUGUCCCGAUGACGGAGCCCGAGUCUAUAGCCAAGUCACCGUGCAGAAGGCGGCGCUGGAGAAGAGUUCAGGCUCUGAGCUGCAGGAGAUCAUGAGGAGGCGGCAGGAGAAACUGGCAGCCAGCACCUGUGAUUCAGGGGUGGAGUCUUUUGAUGAAGGCAGCACCCACUGAGCUCCACAUGGCCUCCUCCCUCCCUCCUACUUUACUUUCAUUUUUGUUUUUUUACACACUCUCCAUCCUCAGGCGGCGGCUGACCACGCCAAGUUUGUGGAGAUCAUGCGGCGCAGGCAGGAACUCCUCAGCUCAUCUCCGUAGGAAACCAGCCGGCUGACGUUAAUAGAGAAUGUUCUGCCAUGUUUGCCUGACGUUCACGUGAGGACUUUUGGGGCUGCGGUAGGAGAGUUUUGUUGGCGUUUGUAAAAAGAAAAGCUGCUCGGUAGCUCGUUUUCCAAAGCAAAUCCUUUCAGUAUUAAUGUUGGGAGGUGGCUGGUAGUUUGUGCCUCUCAGGUAUCACCACACUGGAGUCACAGAGCUAAGCAUCGGCUUUCCUGAAACACAAAACCUUCACAGGAACAAAAUGUUUCCAGAAAGAAUCUGAUAAAGAAUCCAAGAAUCUUCUUAUUCAACUCCUCUCUGAAACUAAUCAGAGACGAGUUGAAGUUUCGCGAACAACAUAAAAAGCUUGUGUGUAGAUAAAUCAGUAUGUUGUGCUGUGUGUGCAACAGCUUUAGCUUGGAGACAAGCAGAUGUUUAACUCUGACUUGAAUGUGUUGAUGAUAAACUAGAAGCACAAACUUCACACUACUGAUGCGUUCAUGUACAGAAAACAGAAGAGCUGAAGUAAAAGUUGGCUCGUUUAUGUUCUAAUCCAGACUGAGACCAAGAGAAUCGUGACAUUCAUAAUAUGUAAUCUUUUAUUUUACGUUCAAUAACUUAUUGUCACUGACAGUAGAAGUGAUCGACUGGAAGAGUGAAAGUGAAAAUCCUUUAAAAUGUCUAAUGUCUGAACAUCAUGUGAUUUAGAGUUAGUGACACAAUCACAAACUGACUGAAAUGUUAGAUUUGAUGAUCAGCUUUUUGCACAGUAAUUAAGAAAAUCUCUGAAGGUUUUUGUGCAGGAAAGUUAAGAAUCAAACCUGGAAAAUUCAGUGUUUUAUAAUCGGCUGCUUAAUCACAUCGUUAAGUCUCACCCUGAAAUGACUGUAGUCUGCUGUCGUCAGAGCUGCAACAGGCCCCGCCCACAGACACAGGUAGCCUCAGGCCCCGCCCACAGACACAGGUAGUCCUCAGGCCCCGCCCACAGACACAGGUAGUCCUCAGGCCCCACCCACAGACACAGGUAGCCUCAGGCCCCACCCACAGACACAGGUAGUCCUCAGGCCCCGCCCACAGACACAGGUAGCCUCAGGCCCCGCCCACAGAUAACCUCAUGUCACACAACAUGAGUGGAAGCACCAUCUCAGUCUCUAGAUGAUAUACAAUUCAGGUGGGCUACAGAUUUAAUCUUGUGUUUCCACUGGUCCCAGACCAGGACCUGCGAUGGUAACAGUUAAGUGAGGCGUGCAUGCGUAUUGUGCAACAGUGGCGAUAAAAGCAAAGGAUGUGCAUUUGAAGUAUGUUUGUACCUGAGCUGCCUCACAUGCUGCAAAUGUUCCCACACCGGCUUCUUUCUGAGAAAUCAGCAACCAAAAUCUGUUUGGAAGUUUCUCAAAUGUUAGAAAACAAACAAAAAAAAGUAAUCAGUAAAAUAUUUUCUACAGCAGCACAAAGUAAUCACAGCUUUCUGAUCGAUUUCUAUGGAGCAGCAGAUCAUCACUAGCUGGAGAUAAAGUACAAAUAUGUAAGUAAAUGUACACAGAUCCUGCAUUCUUUACUCGCCGUGGCAUUGAUUGUACUGGUUUUGUUCUCCACGUUGUAACCUAAUUGAUGUAGAAGCCAAUCGGACAGAAACAUUAGAGAAUUUACGACAGAAAUGCAUUUGUCUGGUUAUAGAUUUCAUGGUGCCUUGACCAUAUAAAUCUGCUCAUUCUGCAAUAAAAAAAUGUAAAAAU